GGUCUUUCUGCAGGUUGCCGGAGGAAGUAGUUCCGGCCCACGCUAGGCCGAUGGGUCCCUCCGCAGCAGGCAAAAUAAGAUGGCGACCUCGUCUAUGCCGGAGUCGGAGAGAAACGCGGCCACUGGAGCGUCAGAGUGAAGGCCCCAGACCCUGCGCACCCUUGCGGGGCGGCCCGCCGAGCCCAUGGAGGAAAACGAGGUGGAGAGCAGUAGUGACGCGGCCCCGGGGCCCGGCCAGCCCGAGGAGCCCUCCGAGAGCGGCCUGGGCGUGGGCACCUCGGAAGCCGUGUCCGCCGACAGCAGCGACGCAGCGGCAGCCCCCGGGCCCGCGGAGGCCGACGACUCCGAAGUGGGGCAAAGCUCGGACCGCGGCGGCAACUCUCUGGAGGAGGUGUCUGAGAGCAGCUCAAGCACGGACCCCCUGCCCCAUGGCUACCUCCCCGAUUCAUCUUCUGUGUCCCAUGGGCCAGUGGCAGGGGGGACCGGUGGCCCCCAAGCUCUCGUGCACUCCAGUGCCCUCCCCGACCCCAACAUGCUGGUGUCCGACUGCACGGCUUCUUCCUCGGAUCUGGGCUCAGCCUUUGACAAGAUCAUCGAGUCCACCAUCGGGCCGGAUCUCAUCCAGAGCUGCAUAACUGUAACCAGUGCUGAGGACGGUGGGGCCGAGACCACACAGUACCUGAUCCUGCAGGGACCAGAUGAUGGUGCCUCCAUAGCGUCGCCAAUGUCCAGUUCCACUCUAGUCCACAGCCUGGCAGCCAUUGAGGCCCUGGCCGACGGCCCCACGUCCACAUCCACAUGCCUGGAGCCAUCUGAGGAGGCACGGGGUUCGCCCAGCUCCCCAGCACAGCCUCCCCCAGCUUCUGGCACUGAGGAGCCAGAUCUACAGAGCCUGGAGGCCAUGAUGGAGGUGGUGGUAGUACAGCAGUUCAAGUGCAAGAUGUGCCAGUACCGGAGUAGCACUAAGACCACACUAUUACGCCAUAUGCGGGAGCGACACUUCCGUCGAGUAGCAGCAGCACCAGCACCAGCACCAGCUGCUAAGAAGGGACGUCCACGGAAGUGGGGUACCUCGACCAAGACAAAAGAGGAAGAGGCACCAGAGGAGGAAGAGGAUGAUGACAUUGUAGAUGCCGGUGCCAUUGAUGACCUAGAGGAGGACAGUGACUACAACCCAGCGGAGGAUGAGCCCCGCGGCCGGCAACUGCGACCCCAGCGCCCCACACCCAGCACACUGAGAUCCCGGAGGAGGCCUGGCCGGCCCCGGAAGCUGCCUUGCCUGGAACCCUCAGACCUCCCAGAGGGUAUGGAAGGAGAGCCUCUAGUGAGUUCCCAGAGUGGACAGAGCCCUCCAGAGCCACAGGACCCCGAGGUACCCAGCUCCUCAGGCCCAGGACACCUGGUGGCCCUGAGUAAGGCCGAUAGGGUCCCUGUGGAGCCCAGCGUGAGCCAGUCGGACGCAAAGAACUCAGCACCCACCUGCCAGGAAGAGCCCGACGCCCCACCCCGCCGCCGCGGCCGACCCUCCAGGCGCUUCCUAGGCAAGAAAUACCGCAAGUAUUAUUACAAGUCACCCAAACCGCUUCUGAGGCCCUUCCUGUGCCGCAUCUGCGGCUCCCGCUUCCUGUCCCACGAGGACCUGCGCUUUCAUAUAAACUCCCAUGAGGCCGGAGACCCCCAGCUCUUCAAGUGCCUUCAGUGCAGCUAUCGCUCACGCCGCUGGUCCUCGCUCAAGGAGCACAUGUUCAACCAUGUAGGCAGUAAGCCCUACAAGUGUGAUGAAUGCAGCUACACCAGUGUCUACAGGAAAGACGUUAUCCGACAUGCAGCCGUGCACACCCGGGACCGGAAGAAGAGGCCAGAUCCCACCCCAAAGCUGAGCUCCUUCCCCUGCCCUGUGUGUGGCCGUGUCUACCCCAUGCAGAAGAGACUCACACAGCACAUGAAGACUCACAGCACUGAGAAGCCCCACAUGUGUGACAAGUGUGGGAAGUCCUUUAAGAAGCGCUACACCUUCAAGAUGCACCUUCUCACACAUAUCCAGGCUGUCGCCAACCGCAGAUUCAAGUGUGAGUUCUGUGAGUUUGUUUGUGAUGACAAGAAGGCGCUGCUGAACCACCAACUGUCCCAUGUCAGUGACAAGCCCUUCAAAUGCAGCUUCUGCGCCUAUCGCACCUUCCGCGAGGACUUCCUGCUAUCUCACGUGGCUGUCAAGCACACAGGGGCCAAGCCCUUUGCUUGUGAGUACUGCCACUUCAGCACGCGGCACAAGAAGAAUCUGCGCCUGCAUGUUCGAUGCCGACAUGCAAGCAGCUUCGAGGAAUGGGGACAGCGCCACCCGGAGGAGCCCCCCUCCCGCCGCCGCCCAUUCUUCUCUCUGCAGCAGAUUGAAGAGCUGAAGCAGCAGCACAGUGUAGCCCCUGGACCACCCUCCAGCCCCCCAGGACCUCGCGAGGUUCCCCCAGAGGUAGCACCUUUCCAGUCACCUGAGAACCCCUCAUUGCUCUGUUCUGACACCCUGGGUGGCACCACCAUCAUCUACCAGCAAGUCUCAGGUCCCACCAACCCAGGAGCUGAGGAGUCAGCCGCCAUAGCCACACAGACAGCUUUGGAUCUGCUGCUAAACAUGAGUGCUCAGCGGGAGCUGGGAGGUGCUGCCCUGCAGGUGGCCGUGGUGAAGUCAGAGGAUGCGGAAGCACAGUUAGCAUCCCCUGGUGGGCAGCUCUCCUCAGCAAGUGCAGCUCCACAAGUGGUAACCCUCCACGUCGCAGAGCCAGGGGACGAUGUGGCAGCCGAGAACCAGCUAGGCCCCUCUGACCUACAGCAGAUCACCCUGGCACCCAGUCCAUUCGGCGGGGCUGGGUACAGUGUCAUCACAGCACCCCCUAUGGAAGAGGGGACAUCAGCUCCUGGCACACCCUAUAGUGAGGAGCCCCCAGGAGAGGCAGCCCAGGCUGUGGUUGUGAGUGACACCCUGAAAGAAGCUGGCACCCACUACAUCAUGGCAGCCGAUGGGACCCAACUGCAUCACAUCGAGCUGACUGCAGAUGGCUCCAUCUCCUUCCCAAGUUCUGAUGCCCUGGCCUCUGGAGCCAAGUGGCCACUGCUACAAUGUGGGGGGCCAUCCAGAGACGGUCCUGAGCCCCCAUCUCCAGCCACAACCCACCCGGUAGAAGACCCCCAAGGCUCUGCCUCCCCACCUCCGACAACUAGUAAAGCCCUGGGCCUGGUAGUGCCCGCCUCCCCACCAUCUGCAGCGUCAAAGAAGUUUUCCUGCAAGAUCUGUGCCGAGGCCUUCUAUGGCCGAGCUGAGAUGGAGAGUCACAAGCGGGCCCAUGCCGGGCCGAGUGCCUUCAAGUGCCCGGACUGCCCUUUCAGCGCCCGCCAAUGGCCUGAGGUCCGGGCCCACAUGGUGCAGCACUUAAGCCUGCGGCCCCACCAGUGUAGCCAGUGCAGCUUUGCCUCCAAAAACAAGAAGGACCUGCGGCGGCACAUGCUGACCCACACCAACGAGAAGCCUUUUUCAUGCCACCUCUGCGGGCAGCGUUUUAACCGGAACGGGCACCUCAAGUUUCACAUCCAGCGGCUACAUAGUCCUGAUGGGAGAAAGGCAGGGACCCCUACUGCUCGGGCCCCAGCUGGGACCCCCACCCAGACCAUCAUCCUGAACAGUGAUGACGAAACACUGGCCACACUGCACACCGCACUCCAGUCCAGUCAUGGGGUCCUGGGCCAAGAGCAGCUACAGCAGGCACUGGGCCAGGAACACAUCAUCGUGGCCCAGGAGCAGACAGUGACCAAUCAGGAGGAAGCCACUUACAUCCAAGAGAUCACCACAGCAGAUGGCCAGACAGUACAGCAUCUGGUGACCUCCGACAACCAGGUACAGUACAUCAUUUCUCAGGACGGAGUUCAGCACCUGCUCCCUCAGGAAUAUGUUGUGGUCCCAGAGGGCCAUCACAUCCAGGUACAGGAGGGCCAGAUCACGCACAUCCAGUACGAACAAGGAGCUCCAUUCCUUCAGGAGUCCCAGAUCCAGUAUGUUCCUGUGUCCCCAGGCCAGCAGCUCGUCACACAGGCCCAGCUAGAAGCUGCAGCACACUCGGCUGUCACAGAUGAUGGAACCCAAGUGCAGAGAGGCUAAGUGAGGAGCCCAAGGCCACAGAACCAGCACUUAGUGGAACUGGGACUCCAACAGGUCUGUCCCCCCAUAGCACAUGCUCAACCACUGGGUUCCAGAGUGCCAUUCCCAAGCCCUACUGGCCAACCCCUGCUCCUGCUAAGGGUGGAUGAAAACAAAGGCCAAGGCCAGGAGACAGUUACCUUCUCGCUGCUGGCACAGCUCCCGGUAGUGCUGCCGAAGCUUCAGGAUGAGCUGGGAGCGGAGCAGCUCCACCUCAGGAUGCGGGGGCAGCACCUCGGAAGGGCCCCGGUGCUUGAUGACAGCGUUGGUCUGGAUAUCUAGAUCCCAGUACACCCUAGGGGGAUGGAGAGGAGCAAUGAGGAAAGCAGAGAAAAGGGAGGAGGGGCACCCUACCCAUCACCACCACCUCAGUCGUAGGCACCAACAAUGGGUGUCCCCAAGCCAAUCAACAGGGACUCACUCAGUGGGUCGGAGGAGAGCUGCCUGCUGUUUAUCUUCAGGGGAUGUUCCCCAAAUCUUCAGUGUUGGGGUUCCUGGGAUGCUGGGGGAACUGGGCACCGGUGGACCUGUGGGUGUCACAGGGAUUUCGAUCUGGAGCAAAAGAGUCAAAGGCAUCAAGUUAGAAGAGCUGGCCGAUGGCUCCAGCGCUGUGUACACUGGGGCGCUGGGCACUGGGCUCCCCUCCUGACUGGCCUGGAAUGCCCAGCCCUUGCAGGGAACCUGCUAGCUGCCUACAGGAAGCUGCAGGCACUCACCUUGGGCUUCUUCACACCAUUGCCGCUUGGCUGCUCUUCUGAGAGCUGCCGCUUUCGGGACUUGUUCUCAGUUGGAGGGGUUUCCACCAAGCUUGAGUCUUGGGGCAGUGGGGUCGCAUUCAGCCCCAAAGGGUCCGACUGGAGGAGGGAGACCAGCAGAGUUGCAACCAGAGCCAGCAGCUUAGGAGUCCCAGUACUGCGGAAUCCUGAUGGCCCCCACCCCCUGCUCCGACUCCUCAGAGAAGAACAGGGGGCUGGGAUGCAGAACACUGGGCACUACUCCUGCCUGCUACUUGCAACUGUGUGACCUUGAGAGUUACUUCCCUUCCUAAUUCCCUUCAAAACGGCCAUGAUACCUCACCACUGAUUGAUGAUUAAACAAGUCAAUGAAUAUGACCAGCUUAAUGUGACAUCUGGCAUGAGGUCAGCACUCAACGUGUUAGUGUUUUCCUUAAGAACCAAAAAAAGUCAGGAAUGAAAGGAAAA